UCCACCACCCCGUCGCCAUGCCACCCGCCCUCACGCGCACACCCUUUGUAGAGACCCGUCUCACGCUCGACACUACGGCCUGCUCUGCUGUGUUUGAGCGUGCUCGUGCGACCGACCUCCUUAUUCUCUGCUGUGAGUAGUGUCUGCCAAUGUCCACGAACGUUCUUUCGUCAUCCGGCGGAGGGCGUCAGCCACGGAGUAUGGAGUGUCGGGGACAUCACAACCGGUGUGAUGCCGAGUGAGGUCAAGUAUCCUCGUCCUCUCUCCGUCCUACUAGCCUCUAGUUUAUGCUGGCUAUAUUCCCUCGUCGUCGGCAUCGCCUUGGGCGUACUCUUCUACGCCAUAGCGCAUGACCUCAGCCGCCGCCACGGGCGAAGCGACGACUUCGAGGAUGGCCGGGAACGCACCCGGGGGCGCCCACGCUCCGCACCUCCGCGUGAGCGUGCCCGCUCGCUCACCGACGCGCCUCCGCCGUACCCCAUCAAGGCCUAGUCCCCGAGUGUGGCACACCCCGGCCAUGCCGCUUAUUGAAGCGACUGCUAAAAUCCGGUAAUUCUGCACCCAACCCCGCUUUCCGCUCGCAUGCUCGCAAGCUCUCACGCCACCGUCCCUCGCCCGUCAUCGGACCCUCGAUACCCAUCGCCUCGAACCUCGCCCGGACCCUGCCUGUUGCUCAUGUACAUUGUAUGAUAUGCAUCACUAAACCCAUCCG